AUGAAUGACUUCAAGCCCCCACCAAAGUUUUCUUUUGAUGGCGAUGUUAGCCAGAAUUGGAGGGAAUGGAAACAAAUGUUCCAACUUUUUCUGGUAGCCAAAGAAGCAGUGGAGAAAACAGACGCCACAAAAAUCGCCAUGCUACUCACGUGCAUGGGACCGGAGGGAGUAAAACGUUUCAACCAGUUUAACUGGAACGAAGCAGGUGAUAAAGAGAGUUACGAGAGAGUCUUAGAUAAAUUUGACACUGAACUGUGCGGUGAGAAGAGGAUCGUUUUUAAUAGAUUCAGCUUUUGGAACUUAAAGCGAGACUCUAUGCCUUUUGACGAUUACCUGGUAAAGGUCAAGGCCAUUGCGGCAAAGUGUGAUUUUGCUGAGACCGACAACAUGGUAAGGGACAAAAUAGUGUUUACACAGGACAAAAGGCUGCAGGAAAGACUCUUAAGGGAGAAAAAUUUGGACCUCGAGAAAACUAUAGACAUUUGCCGGGCGGCGGAGAUCACAAAGCAGGAAGUUGACUCUAUGUCUGGGCUCGCACGUGGUGCCGCAGCUGCAACUUCCAGUGUAUCCAUGAUACAGAAGGGUAAGAGACAACCCUCAACGAAGUUUUCUCAGAAGAAAGAUAAUCGACACACCAAGUUAUGCACACGUUGUAAGAGAAUCCAUGGUCCAAAUCUGCACACAGACUGCCCUGCAUGGGGACGGACAUGUUACAGGUGUAAAGGUAACAACCACUUCAAAAGUUGUUGUAGAGCUACUGUAAAUGUCCAUGAACUAAGUAAUGAUGAUAACAGUGCAGUUCAACACAGUGAUGAGUGUUUCAUGGGAACAAUAGAGCUGAGUAUAGGCAGUGUGUCCAGGAAUGAAGAUCAGCGUGCAUGGUUUGAAAAUGUAAAGGUAGCUGACUCUCAUAUUAGAAUGAAGAUAGACACAGGUGCAGAAACCAGCUCAAUACCCCAGAAAAUAUGGAGAAAGAUAGCAGGUAGACCCAAACUAGAACAAUCUCAUACCAUACUUAAAGCGUUUGGUGGUGCAGCGGUAGAGCACAUUGGCAGAGCAAAAGUAGAUAUGAGCAUGUCAAAUGGACGUAAAACCAUUGGAGAAGUGUUUGUUACAAAACAAAAAACAGUGCCAGUGCUGGGACUGCAAGCUUGCAUUGCUCUAGGUCUUGUUUCAGUGGAGAAACAAAGGAAUCUUGAUUCAGUAACUGCUUCAAUUACAAAAGAUUCAAUAGAAAAGGGAUCUUAUAAAAGUGCAUUCACAGGCCUGGGAAAGUUCCCUGGGCAGUAUCACAUCUCAUUGAAGCAGGGUGCCAAGGGUCACAUUGCUCCUACACACAGAGUUCCACAGAAGUUGAUGGCCCCAUUGAGAAAUAAACUUGAAGAAAUGGAGAGACAAGGAGUUAUUGAGAAGGUGGAUCACCCCACAGAUUUCAUUAGCAAUAUUGUCAUAACAGAGAAGAAAGACGGUUCCAUAAGGUUGUGCCUCAACCCCCAACAUCUCAACAAAGAGAUAAGAAGAGAACACUUCGAUGUGCCUACAUUCGAAUCAGUAGCAGCGCAGAUAGGAGGAAGUAAAGUCUUCACUAUCAUCGAUCUCAAGGAUUCCUACUACCAAGUGGAAUUAGAUGACUCCAGUUCAGAGCUUACUACUUUUUCCACACCUUUUGGACGCUAUAAAUUUAGACGAAUGCCAUUUGGAAUUUCGAGUGCUGCAGAUAUUUUGCAGAAAAAUGUUUACCGUGUCUUUGGUGACAUUAGAAAUACAUACGCUAUAGCAGAUGACAUUCUCAUAGCAACAGAGACAGUUGAGGAACACGAUCAAAUCCUGGGAGAAGUGAUUAAACGUGCCAUGGAGAACAAUGUUCGUUUUAAUGCCAAGAAAACGCAGUUGAAACAAAACAGUGUAUCAUAUUUUGGGAUGAUCGUUGGAGAACAAGGAAUCCGACCAGACCCAGAGAAGAUUCGCUCAAUUCUGGAAAUGCCAGACCCAACUGAUACUGAGGGAGUGAAGCGUUUAACAGGAAUGUUGAAUUUCCUAUCACCUUUUAUUCCAAAUAAGUCUGCUACCAUGAGUCCAAUCAGCAAUUUGUUGAAAGCUGGAGUACCUUGGAAUUGGGGACCAGAGCAGAAAGCUGCCAUGCAACAAAUAAAGGAUGUACUCUCAGAAGAACCAGUGCUGAAGUUGUUUGAGCCAGCCAAGCCAGUGACAAUACAAGCAGACGCGUCAUCUACAGGAUUAGGUGCAUGUCUAUUACAAGAUGGUCAACCUAUUGCUUAUGCCUCGCGUGCAUUAACUGAUACUGAGACGAGAUAUGCACAGAUCGAGAAGGAACUUUUAGCUAUUUUGUAUGCAGCAACAAAGUUUCACCAUUAUAUUUAUGGCAAUGAGGUUAUGGUGGAGAGCGAUCACAAACCUCUAGAGGCAAUUAUAAGGAAACCACUACACCAGGUGUCUCCUAGAAUGCAAAUGAUGUUGUUAAAAUUGAUGAAAUACAAUCUAUGUGUGACAUAUGUACCAGGUUCAAAGUUGUACAUUGCAGACACGCUGUCACGUGCAUAUGUUGAUGACACAUCUAAGGAGAGCAUAGAUUCUCAGUUAGAAGAGGGACAGUACAGGAUUCAUACUGUUACCCAGUAUUUGCCAGCAUCCACGCACAGGAUUCAGGAACUUCGAGAUGCUACUCAGAGUGACCGCAGCCUCCAGCUGGUCCGUAACCAUAUUGUGAAUGGUUGGCCUCAGCAUAAGUCUUCCCUAGCACCAGAAAUUCAGGUCUAUUGGAGUUUAAGAGGACAAAUGCAUGUGGAGGAAGGACUGAUAUAUGCUGGAGAGCGACUUAUAAUUCCUGUUGCCAUGAGACAAGAAAUGCUUGUUAGACUUCAUGAAGGACAUGCCGGCAGUGAAAAGUGCAAAGCACGAGCCUCUGAAAUUAUGUAUUGGCCUAAUAUCAACAAGGAUAUAGAGACCAAGAUUGCUGAUUGCCCAGUAUGUGCCACAUAUGCGCGUCAGAAUCCCAAGGAACCAAUGAUUCCACAUUCUUUGCCAACUCGUCCAUGGUCAAAGCUGGGUUCAGAUAUAUUUGAGUUUGCAGGUCAUGAUUACUUGUUGAUAGUUGAUUAUUAUUCAAAGUUUCCUGAAGUUGUCAAGCUGCAAAACAAAACAGCAGCUGGUGUUAUUGCAGCAAUGAAACCAGUGUUUUCAAGGCAUGGUAUUCCAGAUACCUUAGUUAGUGAUAAUAUGCCUUACAAUAGUGCUACUUUUAAGCAGUUUGCGAAAGAGUGGGGAUUUAAUUGUGUUUAUACUAGUCCCACUUAUGCUCAGUCUAAUGGUCAAAGUGAGCGAUUUGUGCAGUCAAUUAAAGGAAUGCUUAAGAAAGCACAAGCAGAGGGUAAAGAUCCUCACAUAGCUUUGUUAGAAUACAGAAAUACACCUUUAGCUGGUAUAGGUUCAUCACCAGCUCAAUUGUUAAUGAGUAGGAGGUUAAAAGAUAAAUUGCCUACUACAAAUAAUUUGCUGCGACCAAAGGUGGUAAAUGAUGCACAGUCAAAGCUGCGCAAGCGUCAGCAAAAGCAGAAAUUCUAUUAUGAUAGAAAUGCAAAAUAUCACCAGUCAUUUAAUGUGGGUGAUAGUGUUCGUGUGAAUUUAGGACAAAAUUGGGAACAUGCCAGAGUGACGGAUAUUCAUAAUACGCCGAGGUCAUAUGAGGUGACUACUCCGGAUGGACAUUCAUAUCGUAGAAACCAACGCAUGAUAAACAAGUCUCCUGACUCGGUGCCUGAGUCGCAUGUUAUGGACACUGAACCAUCAGAUACUAGUAUGAGUAAAACAGUGCACCAGAACAAUGAAACUGGAAAACAAAUUGCUCAGCCACAAAUGUGUAGGCGUAGUACUCGGGAGAGACAUCCACCUAAGUGGCAAGCAGAUUAUGAAAUGAAAUGA